CAGAGUUCCACAACCAUCUGUCGCCUUCAACCUCGCAACUCCCAAUCUCCAUUGAUUCAUCUUGACCUCAGCUCUCCUCCGACCUCACAAGCCUGCCUCGACACCUCUCCCCCCUCUCACUCUCACAACCGCCACCAUGGCGCUCGAUAACUUCUACCACAACAAGAUCGAAUCAUUAAAACUCGAAAUCAUCCAAGGUCAAGCCGUUCUGCGGAGAUUAGAAGCACAACGCAAUGAUUACAAUUCAAGAGUACGACUACUACGAGAGGAGUUGGGACUCCUGCAACAACCGGGUUCCUAUGUAGGAGAAGUGGUCAAAGUCAUGGGCACCAAGAAAGUCCUGGUCAAGGUCCAUCCGGAAGGCAAAUACGUUGUCGACAUUGCUGAUAGUGUGGACAUUACCAAAUUGACCGUCGGCAAACGUGUCUCCCUCCUUUCCGAUUCCUACAAGCUCGAGAAAAUGUUGCCUUCAUCCGUCGACCCUUUGGUAUCACUCAUGAUGGUUGAAAAGGUCCCUGACAGCACAUACGACAUGAUUGGUGGUCUCGAUCAGCAGAUCAAGGAGAUCAAGGAAGUUAUUGAGCUGGGUCUGAACCACCCUGAACUCUUUGAAUCGUUGGGAAUCGCUCAACCCAAAGGCGUUUUACUCUACGGGCCUCCUGGGACAGGAAAAACACUUCUCGCGCGAGCGGUCGCCCAUCACGCCGACUGUAAAUUCAUUCGAGUGUCAGGUUCCGAACUGGUACAGAAAUACAUUGGUGAGGGAAGCAGAAUGGUACGAGAACUCUUCGUCAUGGCUCGCGAACAUGCGCCAAGUAUCAUCUUUAUGGACGAAAUCGACAGUAUAGGCUCCAGCCGUGUCGAGGGAAGCAGUGGCGGAGAUUCUGAAGUUCAAAGAACAAUGUUGGAGUUGUUGAACCAGCUGGAUGGGUUCGAACCGACCAAGAACAUCAAGGUCAUCAUGGCUACGAAUCGUCUCGACAUUCUGGACCCUGCCCUUCUCCGACCAGGUCGCAUUGACCGAAAGAUUGAAUUCCCUCCACCAACAGUCGAAGCCCGAGCUGAUAUUCUCCGCAUUCACUCUCGGAGCAUGAACCUGACACGUGGAAUUGAUUUGAAGAAGAUCGCCGAGAAGAUGAAUGGCUGCUCAGGCGCCGAAUUGAAGGGUGUGUGCACUGAGGCUGGUAUGUUUGCUUUGAGAGAACGCAGAGUGCACGUGACGCAGGAGGAUUUCGACCUGGCGACAGCCAAGGUCCUCAACAAGCAUGAUGACAAGGAGGUGUCAUUGGGCAAACUCUGGAAGUAAAUUCUACAGUUUCUGGGUGCCUGUUUCUGAGAGCGGCCAUUGCAUAUGUAACAAUACCUCUUGAAAAAGAACAGCAGUGAAGCGCCACCGACAGAUUAGACUCGGGUGGAUUGCUAAAGAUCAAGAUAGAGUCUCUGAUUCCAACUUGGGAUCAUCAUGUUCUUCAACACUAUUCUCCAUGCGUUGUAGUCUAAGUGGUUGAUUGAU